AUGGGGAAUCAGCUCAAUUGCUUGGCACAAUGUCAGACGCGGCAAGAGGGAACGCAGAGACUGUUAAUACUUGAAAAAGGUGCCUACUUUAAGCGAAAGAAAACGAUUCUGGGGCUGACCACGACAACGGAGCGAGUCCACGUAAAAUUAGAUAAAGAUGGACACACACUGUUGUGGAAGCUGCACGACUCGAUCAAGAACGUGACGACGAUCGAUCUGCACUCGAUUAAGUCGGUACAGGCACACGGCGAGGCUGGAUUCAGUGUUACGUCUCCCAAUGGCGACGUGGUACUGGAUGUUGAAGCGGAAUCGGGAGAGAUUCGUGAUACUUGGGUGACCCAUUUACAGAUGAUAUGUGAGAAGAGCAAUCCAAGUGACGAGACGGAGGAAGAGAUGCAGUCUGGGAUGAAGUUAUGUAAAAUGGUUGAGGAUCGUGCAAAGAAGCAAGUGUACUGGGCAAAACGCACACAGGAAUUGGAACAACGAAAACAAGAAGCGGAAGAGCGGAAAAAGAAGUUUGCCGGUGUCGGCAUGAAAUACACUGCUCUUGCAAUGAGUAAUAGGCCCAACUAA